AUGAAAUUUGAACAAUUACCAAACGAAAUACUCAUUGAAUGCUUUCAGUAUCUCAAUGCACCCGAUAUCUUUUAUUCAUUUGAUCGAUUAAACGAUCAGUUUUAUAUACUUAUUCGAAACAUUCAUUUACAUCUCAAUUUUGAACAAGUUAAAAAGCCUUUAUUUGAAGAGUUUUGUCAAACAAUACGCAUAAAUCCGGAAAUAAAACGAAACAUCAUUUAUUUAAAAUUAUCAAAUAUAGAUUUACGUGGACAAAUUGAAUCAUUUUUUUCAUUAUUUGCAUUAAAUGAAUUUAUUAACCUUCGAUCAUUAUCAUUUAUUGGCGAGUUUAAUUAUCGUAGUGAACAAGAAGAAGAACAAGUCUCAUCUAUGUUAACUUUAUUACCUAAUUUAUACCGAUUUUAUGCUCCUGAAUGGAGAUUAAAAGCACAGGCUAUAUCUAAAUCGAAAAUACAAGUGCUAACAUUAGCAAACUAUCGUCCAACAUCUAUUUAUGGAACAUCGUCAGUUACAUCAUUAAGAAUUAAUGUGUGUACUGUACCUGAAUUACUAACAAUAUUGAAUUAUACAUCGAUGUUAAAAUAUAUAAAAAUCGACAUGUUUAAUGAUGAUAAUAUGCAAGAUGAUAACAAUGUGGACUAUAAAUCUGAUUUUAGUAAGAUAUGUGCUGUUUAUUUAAAACAAUUACAUCUAGCUCAUUCUUGGAUUUCUUUUGAACGUCUCGAAGUGCUGUUAAAAUGUAUUCCAAACUUGAAAAUCUUUUCAAUCUGGACUACCAAUGCAGAUGAUAUGAUUGAUGCUGAUCAAUGGCAACAUCUCAUCAAAUCUUCAUUACCACGAUUACGUGUAUUCAACUUUACCUUUGAUUAUUACAAUUCUGAAUCUUACGAUAAUAUGUUAAUCAAGCUUUCAGCAUUUCAAACUGAUUUUUGGCAUCAACAUAAUUGGUAUAUCAAUUAUGUAAUCGAUGACGGAAGAGCAUUAGUUUAUACUGUACCAUACAUACCCACGUACUAUAUAUUAACAUCUACUAUGAAAAAAUACAAUAGUUCACCGACAAAUGUUUUAAAUGAAUUUGAUAAUGUUAAGUCUUUAGCUUUAUUUGUUGGUGCAAUUAGAGAUGAUUCAUCAUGGUAUUUUCGAAAUGUUCAAUCAUUAAGUUUAGAAAGUAAUCGUGUUCAUUGUGAUGAAGACGAUGAAGACGAUGAGUACGAAUUGAAAAUAGAACAUUUGAAGAAGAUGGUCAACUUAUCAAAUAUCGUAGAAUUGGAAAUUACAAAAAGGUCUGUAAUUAAAUCAGAAUUACUAUUCGAAAUAUUAAAGCAAAUGCCAAAUAUAUCAUCAUUAAUCUUAAAGAAACAAAUUACAAGUUCAUUUUACACUAAUCACGAACUCUGUGAACUUUUAAGCAAAAAGAUUAAAAUGUUCGAUUAUUGUAAUCCAUAUUAUUAUCAAUAUAAUUGUCCAUAUUAUUAUCAAUAUAAUAAAAUUCAAGAUAUAGAUUGGUUUUGUAAAACAUUUUCAAAUGUCGAAGAACUUCAUUGUGAUAUCGAUAAUGUUGAUGAUGUUUUAUUAAUAUUAACAAAAUGUUCCAAAUUAUCAAUAAUAAAUAUCAAAUGCGCUAGUGAACCAGUCUUUACAUGGUUUGAACUCCAUGCAAGAACAUUCAAUGUUUAUAUUAAUUAUGAACUAAAAUAUAAUGGAUCAGGUGUUGAGAUAGAUUAA